AUGGCGGAGAAUAUCUACGACGAGAUCGAAAUCGAGGACAUGACGUAUGAUCCCGUCCUCGAGAUCUACCACUACCCGUGUCCCUGUGGCGACCGGUUCGAGAUUGGUAUCGCCGAAUUGAGAGACAGCGAAGAUAUCGCAGUAUGCCCGAGCUGCAGUCUUAUGAUUCGGGUCAUUUAUGAAGUGGACGAUUUACCAAAACCCGAGGACGAGAAGAAGGGCGGCGCAGAAGAGAGCGCACAAGUCCUAGUCGCGGCCUGA